GUAAAGUCUUCUCACUGUGGCAGCACACAGGAGGGAAAACAAAAGUUUAGAGACACAGAACAGGGAGAAGGAGAGAGAGAGAGGAAAAGAGGGAGAGAGAGACAUCUUCAACCCACAGUUUCUCCCAGACUGUGUGUGGGUUGAAUACAGUCAUGGCAUCAGCAGCUCCACCAAAGAGGAUGGUGUCCUCCGUCUUUAUCACUCUGGCAUCCCCCUACCGAGCCACGGUGACACAGCAGCAGCAGCCCACCCUCCUAGCCCACAGUUCCCCGGCUGGAGACAAGCAGCACACAGCUGUGCGAGUUAGCCCAAGUGAGAGUGUCCCUGUCGUGAGACAGAGGAAAGAAGACGUCCUCUCUUCUCACAACAGCAAGGACAAGUGUCAUGCAGGAGCCUUGACCCACGUUUCAGGCCCUCAGUGUCCAAAACCUGACCAGACUGGACCCAGGGCAAAGAAAGAAGACCACAUAGGUGCUGCAGAGUGCCUACCUCCUCCUCCUCCCCCCCCAGCUGCUGCGCGGCCUUCCCCUCAGAGAGCAGCGCUCCCUGAGGACUCAGCACUUCCACCACCACCUGCCCAGACGCCUCUCUCACACCCUUUGACCCCAGGCCAGCAGCCGCUUUACAACAAAGAGGUGGAAUCAAGAACACCAUCUAGUGGGUUAAACCGAGGUGAACAAUCCCAAAACAAUGGCCAGGACGCAUGUGAGGAGAGUAAAGAGGUGUGUGGCUUCUGUCGGAAGCCCGUGGCUCUUUCUGAACCUGCGAUCGAGGCCUUGAACAGGACUUACCAUGACGCCUGCUUCCAGUGUAGAUCCUGUCACAUUCCCCUGGCUGGUAAACAGUACUACAACAAGGCAGGAAUCCCUCUCUGUGAAGACUGCUACCAGGCCAGUCUGGAGCUUUGUUGGUCAUGUGGUGAGGUCAUCACAGACCAUGUGAUCCGCGCCCUUGAGCGAGCGUACCAUCCGUCUUGUUUCACCUGCACAACAUGUAAACAGAAGAUCGGAGAGCAGGCGUUCGCACAGGGAGAAGUUGGAGAAGUGUAUUGCCUCCAGGACUACUACAGGAAAUAUGCUCCAAAGUGCUGCUCCUGUAACCACCUAAUUAUUCCAAAAGAGGAUGGGACCGACAGCUUCACUGUGGAAUGUCUGGGACGCUCCUACCAUGAGAACUGCUACAGAUGUGAGGUCUGUGUCAUUCAACUCUCUCCUGAACCAAACGAGCACGGCUGCUAUCCUCUGGACGGGAGGAUGCUCUGCAAAUCCUGCCACAUGAACUUGGUACCUGCUCAGCACUAACGCCAUGAACUGCAGCUGAUGGAAAAGGGCCACGAGUCCAGUCAUGGGCAUUUAAGACUCUGGCAUGUGAAUGUCACACUAACCUUUUAAUGUUUUGUUUUACAAUAAUGAAAUCUGGUUAUCAUUUUUUAUAACAUAUCAUACUUUCUGAAGACCAUCGUAUUCUUCUUUUAUACUUGAUAAUUUUGCACUCGAUUAACUCUACAAAAUGCACCAAAUAUAUUUAUGCAACCGACU